AUGUCGUCGACUACCGAAGCAGGCAAAGCAGGAAUACCCGGAGUCCACCUGACAGGUGAUCAGAUCAUACAAGAGACCACCUUGCAGUAUCUCAAGGCACUCCAAGAUGCAUGGGGCAUUCCCGGUGUCUCAUUGGCUAUUGUGAGAAUGAAUGAGGACAAGCAGUGGGACAAACAAACUAUUGGGAUGGGGAGGAAGGAUACCUUAUUCAGCAUUGCCUCCAAUUCGAAGCUCUUCACUGCCAUCUCUACUGGCCUUGUCUUGUCUGAGUCCAACUCAAGCUGGGACACGCCAGUACAGGAAGUGAUCCCCUCAUUUCAACUGAUGGACAAAGAGGCAGAAGAGAGGGCCACAUUCAUUGAGCUGUUAAGCCAUCAGACUGGGCUGCCCAGGCAUGGGCUUUCAUAUGACACGGAUAUUACACCUGAGGAUGUUGUCAAGUCUCUUGCUUAUCUCAAGCCAUCAGCCCCCUUCAAAUCCUGUUAUCAGUACACCAAUCUCACCUAUGUUGCUGCUUCAUUGCUGCCCAAACAAAUCCUUGGUCAACAACUUGAGGAAUUUGUCAAGAAGAAUAUUUGGGAUCCACUGGGAAUGACACAGAGUUAUUACGACAUUGAAUUAGCAAGGUCAACAGGGAAUCUCAGCAGUGGGUUUGCUAGGAAGUUAUCUGUUGGACAAUCAGGAGUUUAUGAUGUUGAGAGAUGCAAAGAGGAUAUCAAACAAGCCAGAGGGAAAUUGAGUGAGGAGGGCAGAGGACUGGAGGAUUCUCUUGGUUGGCCGGUCCAGCAGCUAGCUGGACCUGGUGGUGUUAUCACAUGCGCCAAAGAUCUAACCAUCUGGCUACAGACAUUGCUACUGAAAGGAAGACAUCCUGAGAUGCAAAACCAGAUCAUACCCUCAUGGAUCAUUGAAGACACAAUAAAGCCACAGGUCUUGAUCAAAGCAAAGCCAGAUGAUCCAGAGAUUUCUAGCAAGAUGUAUGGUCUAGGCCAGGAAAUCUACACCUAUCGUGGUCAUCAGGUCAUCGAUCAUCCGGGAAGGGCGCCAGGUCAGAAGUCAUUCGUCAUCAGGUUACCAGACAAGAUGAUUGGGGUGGCUGUCAUGUGCAAUGAUGAUGAAUUUGGAGACAUGUUCAAUGAAGUGGCAAAAUGGAGGAUCAUUGACGAUCUCUUAGGGCUUGAUCCAAUUGAUUUCAAAACAAGGAAACUCAACAAGUUUUUGGAAGGGAAAAAGCCCAAAGCUAAGGCAGAUCAACCUUGCCAGCAUCCUCUGCAGAAUGGAUUUGGAUCUGUCCCUGGAGUCUACCACAAUGCAGCAUACGGGGAUCUCAAGCUCCGUUCCCUGAGCUCUACCCAUCAAGAUAACACCUCACUGCAAGGACCAAAUUGGUCCUUUGUAGCGGAUGUCAACAAGGCUUUUGUCAAAGAAUUCUUGUUUGAGCACUUUGAUAAGGACAUCUUCAAUGUCACUGCCAAGCUCACUUUCCCUGAGACAGGAGCUGUCAUGUGGGACAUGAUCGGUCAAGGCAUUCAAGCCCGUUUUGGGGAGGGUGGAAUGGGACUUCAACAUAUCUGGGGUGCAGGUGGAGGUGUUUCAGAUGGCAACAUGGAGAGGGAUGGCAUCAAGAAUGGGUCUGAAGUGUUCUUUACCAAGAUUUCCUAG